CUGUGUGCCCUGAUGCCCACUCUAACACAGUACACGUCGAAGGUGCGUCGAAUAGCGCAUCCAGUCAGUUGCCCAAGGCCGCCGUGUUACCCCGCGCGAGAAGAUAGCAUCACCACGGGCGGGUGAGAUGAUUCCUCAGGCGCAGGGGUAGCAGAGGAGGUAUAGGAUAUAAACCCGUUGAAGACCCGUAGCUCAAAGUAUCCCGCCAAUAUCAUGUCUCAAAUCCGUCCCAAGAUGCCCGUUACUGAGCUCCCUAUCCCGGCUGGUGCUGGAAGGGCCGUAGCUGCGGGUGUCGCCCUGUUCGCCGGAAGCAUCGUGAUGACAUGGCGGUACCUCGAUCGCCGUCAGCAGCGCCGCAUCGCUCUCGACGAGCAGCUGCCCACUGGGAGAGUUCCACCUUGGCAGUACAAGAUCUUCGACCACAACACUCCCUUGAAGAAGGUUGAGCAGAUCGUCGCGGAGGUGACCAAGACUGCAUAA